AUGGCAAUAGCCGUGGAGGGGGACCCAACUAUAAGAAGGGGACUCGGGAGUUUGCUGGCCGAGUCUCAAAACAGCUUCGUGAAUGACCAUUUGAGACCAAAAAUGCUCCAUUUGCUACCCGGGACGGUGCCUGGCUUUUCUCUAAGAAAUCGAAAAUGGGGUAGGCUAAGCCAGGUUGAGCACAACUACGGCUGGGAUGACCUUGUUCUACCCCCAGGCCAUCGGAAAGUGGUGCAGGCCAUGGUUGAAACGCAUGCGACUUACAAGCCAGAUGGUCAUCCAGCCACCGGAAAUGGACGCGGUGCCUGGAAAAGAAGCGACCAGACCAUCGAAAUCUUCAGGCACAACUUCGAACGCCUUGAGAAGACCAACGAGGGCCGUCAGGAGCACAACCUCCCGCCGUUUGAGUACAAGGAUCAGCAAGGCAGAAUAGUCGAAUGGGCUAACGAGCAAUGGAAGACGCUCCGCUGGAACGGGCGCCAGAUCAGGAAUGCUUUCCAGACUGUCAUGGCACUCGCUGAGUUCAAAGCCAAGCGCAAACAAACCAGCGAUGGCCAGGAUCCAAGGUCAGUGUUGACCAAGCGUUGCUUCGAAAUCGUGCCAAAUCAACAAGGGGGUUUGACGAAGCGGGAACAGGCUGGAGAGGACAACUCCAUGAGAAAGAUAAAGAAGAACAAGGACUACUUCGAUUCUGACGAGAGUGAGGCCGAUGACUCUGAGGAAGCCGAAAGUAAGGAUCAGACAGAGACUGAGGAGGACAGCGAUGAAGAGGAGCCAGAUGAGCAGGACAAGAGGAAAGGCAGCAAGACUGGCAAAAAGUGCAAAGAUACAAAGGGAAAGAAGAGCGAGGGGAGGAAAGGCGGCUCCAACAAAAAGAAGAAAGGGAAGAAAGCUGGAAGCGAUGAGGACGAGGAUGGACGAAUGAUGACAAAAAACGGCUGUGCUUUUUCUUUUCCGACAAACUGA